GGCAGAGGCGGGCACUUUGGAAGCAGCAGCGGGCCGUGCGGAGGGCAAUUCAGUCGGCGGCUCCUCUCUCGGCAGCCUCGCCGCUCUCCCCGCCCGUCGGCUCGGACGCCCUGCGCGAACCAGGCGGUUCUCGUCCUCCCUGGGAAGGAAGGGAGAGGAGAGACGGGAGGCGAGGGACCAGCAGCGCGAGGGAGUGUUGAUCAGAAUGAAUGGCCAUAUUUCAAACACCCACCCAAGUGCAUAUGGAAGUUACUCUUCUCAAGUAAAUGGAUAUGGAUCACCAACAUUUUCUCAGAGCGAGAGGGACCAGGCGUCGAAGACGAGUGCGAAAGCUUUGUACGAGCAAAGGAAGAAUUAUGCCCGCGAUAGUGCCAGCAGCAUAUCUGAGACAUCGCAGUACCACGUGGAGCACUUGACCACUUUUGUCUUGGAUCGGAAAGAGGCCAUGAUCACGGUGGAUGACGGCAUAAGGAAACUGAAGCUGCUGGAUGCCAAAGGCAAAGUGUGGACGCAAGAUAUGAUUCUCCAAGUGGAUGACAAAGCUGUCAGCCUGGUGGACUUGGAAUCAAAGAAUGAGCUGGAGAAUUUUCCCCUCAGCACAAUCCAACACUGCCAUGCUGUGAUGAGCUCCUGCAGCUACGACUCCAUCCUUGCCUUAGUUUGCAAAGAGCCAGCCCAAAGCAAAGCAGAUCUCCACCUUUUCCAGUGCGAUGAAGUUAAGGCAAACUUGAUCCAUGAAGACAUUGAAAGUGCAAUCAGUGACAGCAAAGGGGGGAAGCCAAAGAGGAGACUCGAAACACUCAGGAUGCUUUCCAAAGUUGACGGUGCCAUUCCCCCGCCUCCGAGAGCACCAGCUCCCGUCCCUCCAGGUACUGUCACUCAGGUGGACGUCAGAAGCCGGGUAGCAGCCUGGUCCGCUUGGGCAGCUGAACAAGGAGACUUUGAGAAAUCUAGACAGUACCACGAGCAUGAAGAAACGUCAGAAAUGAUGGCAGCCAAGAUCGACAGAGAUGUUCAAAUUCUAAACCAUAUUUUGGACGACAUUGAAUAUUUCGUUACCAAGCUUCAGAAAGCGGCAGAAGCAUUUGCGGAGCUUUCGAAGAGGAAGAAAACCAAGAAGAAUAAGAAGAAAGGGCCUGGGGAGGGUGUCUUAACUCUCCGCUCCAAACCUCCGCCUCAAGACGAAUUUGUCGACUGUUUGCAAAAAUUUAAACACGGCUUCAACCUUCUGGCUAAAUUAAAGUCCCACAUCCAGAAUCCCAGCGCAUCCGAAUUGAUUCAUUUUCUGUUUACCCCUUUAAAUAUGGUGGUGCAGGCAACGGGAGGGCCUCAGCUCGCUAGCACAGUCCUCAGCCCCCUCUUAACAAAAGACACAAUAGACUUCCUGCGUUACACCGUCACAAGUGACGAAGGACAGCUAUGGGUGUCUCUGGGUGACACGUGGACCAAAGCCAGAGCAGAGUGGCCCAAGGAGCAGUUCAUCCCACCCUACGUGCCGCGGUUCAGAAACGGAUGGGAGCCCCCUCUUCUGAGCUUCAUGGGAUCCCCAAAGGAACAAGAGCUCAACCAGCUAGCUGAGUCGGUGGCAAACGUAGCUGAGCACCAGCGGAAGCAAGAGUUGAAAAGGUUAUCAACCGAGCAUUCCAGUAUCUCAGAUUAUCCUCCGUCUGAAGGGUACGCAUUCAGUAACACAGCUUACAAGCGAGGGCCCUUGCCGGACCAGGGGGCAGCUGUAGCCGCUUUUAAGCAAACUGUUAGCCGACAUGUAGAUAGAAAUUAUGAGGCGCAUAAAACCCCGACCAAGAAAUAUGCCAAAACCAAGUACGACUUUGUGGGAAGAAACCAGAGUGAACUUUCUGUCUUGAAGGAUGACAUUUUAGAGGUUCUCGACGACAGGAAGCAGUGGUGGAAAGUCCAAAACGCCAGCGGGGUCACAGGAUUCGUGCCAAACAACAUCUUGGAGCCUCUCCGAUCUCAGGAAAGCGGCAGUGCGGAGCCAUCGUAUACGCACACCAUACAGAAGCAAAGGACGGACUUUGUUCCGAAGCAACCUGACCCCGCUCCUGUCGUCCCUUCACCGCCCCAGACGCCACUUCCUGUCCCUCUCCCGCCAAGCAUGCCAGCGCCCAUCCCAGUUCCUGUGCCAAAGGUGCCUGGAGCCAUCAGCCGCCAAAGCAGCACCUCAAGCGAAGGCGGGCGAGACGGCCAGAGGCAGAAACCGCCCCCUAUAGAUCGGCGGAAAUCUCAGAUGGAAGAAGUCCAGGAUGAGCUCAUCCACCGGCUCACCAUUGGCCGAAGCGCUGCCCAAAAGAAGUUCCAUGUGCCACGAUCCAACGCCCCAGCCAUCAACAUCAGCUACGACUCCUCUCCCGAAGACGUGAAAAGCUGGUUACAGGCGAAAGGCUUCAACCCAGUAACUGUCAACAGCCUUGGGGUUUUGACUGGCGCUCAGCUGUUCUCCCUCAACAAAGACGAGCUAAGGACUGUGUGCCCCGAAGGAGCUCGAGUCUACAGCCAAAUUACUGUUCAGAAAGCUGCACUGGAGGCUACCAGUGGAAGUACAGAAUUACAAGAGAUUAUGAGAAGACGGCAAGAGAAACUCAGUGCUGCCGCCACGGACUCGGGAGUAGAGUCUUUCGACGAGAGCAGCAGCCACUAAAUGCAUUCUCUGUCCAUUUUUGUUUGUACUUGCUCAAAAAAGAAGGAAGAGCUCCCAUUAUUCUGGGCAUUGUUCCAUCAUGCUUUGUUUUAGGAAGCCAUGAAGAGGAAAUGUCUGGUUGAUGACGACUAUUUAUGUAGACGCAACUUGAUGCCAUAAACCGGCCUUCGUCAACCUGGUGUUCUCCAGAUGUUUUGGACAACAACUCAACUGGGGCUGAUGGGCGUUGUCGUCCAAAACAUCUGGUUGGCACCAGGUUGAUGAAGGCUACCAUGAAGAAAGCAUGCAGCUGGGAGGUCAGUGGGGCAACUGGUGUUCCCCUUCUCCCUUACUCAAAAAGCACAUUUAAUGGGAAAUGAACCAGCGCUCCCAAGGCUGGCUGGAUGAAGCCAAUCAUUUCAUGCUUUUCUGAUCUUCUCCCUUCUUCUUCUUCUUCAAAGCAGGCAAGCAAAAUCACACUGCUAUUUGCGGGGCAAUGACGGCCACUGAGCCACCUGAUUAAAACAGGCAAGGAAAAUCUGUGGGACUGUUGCUGUAGGACUCCAGCUUCUAUCAGCUCUGUCCAGUGGUCAGAGCUGAUGGCAGUGAUAGGCCAGCAGUGUCCAGAAGGCCACCAGUUCACAAUCUCUGCAACAAAACAUGUUGAAAUCUGUGAUCCAUUGUGAAUCCAAAGGCACAUGAUCUAGCCAGGAAGAAUCUCCUUUUAAGACCCAUUGAUGUCAACAAAGGAGUUAAACAUAUGUGAGCUUUUGGCUCUUUGCUGCUGGAAUCAGUGGGACUUCAUGGCAUCAGGAGUGCACCAUUUCGCUUGUCCUGUCACUGUCAUCUGUAGCCAUGGGCUCUUUCUCUCCACAUCUCAUUUCUCAGCACCUGAGAUGCCAACGGCUUGAAUCUUUCCAUACAGACUAUGGCCAUUCUUCCAACAAAUUCACAAGAUGGUUUCUUAACGGAGAUAGCAAUAGCAGAGGUAACUUAUUCUGGAUUCCAAUUUUACAGCUGUUCCGGUGGGGAUGAGCACAAGAAAACCAAUAAAGGCACAAAAGAAAUGAGAACAGAAGUCUCAGUUUUUUAAAAGGUUCAGGGCGGGGCAGUCAGAACUUUUGAAGGUCUCUGUGUGGUCAUUCACAGUAUUAUUUCUGAAGGGCAUCGUGUUAACUUCACCCAUUGAAAAGGAAACCCAGGUUUUCUGGGGGUGGGGUGAAAGGCGAUUGCGAAAGAGAACAAAGUAUUAAUUUCCAACUGAAAUCUUUUGAAACAUGGCCAAUCCGAGUUAAAUAUUCCAGUAAAUGUUGUUUAUGGUACUAUGACGACUUCUUCCCUCACCUCAGUUUCCCCAGUGCAAAAUGUUCUAUUCUGUCACCUGUAUAUAAAGGCAUUGCGAAAAGAAACCCAUCGUGUCAUUUAGAAGAAAUUAAUCAUCUAGUUUUAUUAAUUUUCAUGGUGCCUUUUUCACAUGACUCAGCUGAAAGUCUGCAAUAAACACUAUUUGAUGUAUGUAAAA